AUGACUGUCACACGUUCCCAGACCGGGAGAACCCCCAAGAAGGUGGAUCGCCCCGGUUUCAUUGAGACCCCUGGCCGGCGUACUCGUCACAGCUCUGCCUUUGAUGGGAGCGAAAACGACGCCUCCGACUCAACUGCCAGCAGGUCCAAGUCGGUCACUCGUCGUCGCACCUCUGCUAAGGUCAAGAUUGAGCAGGAGAAUGAUACACCGCUGAAGUCGAAGACCAAUGGCAAGGCCGCUGCCCCCAAAUCCAAGUCUCGCAUCGUGGACGGUUGGGAGGAGGGACUCGAUCCCAAGAUCGACUACAGCGGACAUUAUGAGUUCGGCGGUUCCCUGGGUGUCUCGGCCAUGAUGAUCGGUUUCCCCAUGCUCAUGUACUACAUGUGGAUUGGUGCGACUUACUAUGAUGGCAAAUUCCCUACCCGGGAGGAGGGGCAGAGUUUCUCUGACUUCUUCAGCCACAUGGCGCAUUUGGUAUACACUGGUGCUUUCCCGUCGCUCAAGGCAUGGGUUAUCUACUGGGUCUUUUUCAUCUUCGAAGGUGCUUGCUACGUGCUGCUUCCUGGUAUCUCUGUCACCGGCCGUUCGUUGCCGCAUUCGGGCAACAAGCAGCUGCCCUACUACUGCUCAGCUGUGUGGUCUUUCUACACUAGCAUUAUUCUAGUGCUGGUUCUCCAUUUCACCGGUCUCUUCAAGCUCUACACAAUUAUUGAUGAGUUUGGUCCCCUACUCAGCGUUGCUAUCUUGUCGGGCUUCUUGGUCUCCAUUGUUGCCUACUUCUCGGCUCUGGCUCGCGGCGCCCAGCACCGUAUGACUGGGUCCCCGAUUUAUGACUUUUUCAUGGGUGCCGAGCUUAACCCGCGCAUGUUUGGCAUCCUUGACUUCAAGAUGUUCUUUGAGGUUCGUCUGCCGUGGUUCAUUCUGCUGUUCCUUUCCAUGGGCGCGGCUGCUCGCCAGUACGAGGUCUACGGCUACGUUUCCGGUGAAGUGAUGUUCCUUGUCAUGGCACACUUUCUGUACGCCAAUGCCUGCUCCAAGGGUGAGGAGUGCAUUGUGUCCACCUGGGACAUGUACUACGAGAAGUGGGGUUUCAUGCUCAUCUUCUGGAAUUUGGCCGGCGUGCCUCUGAGCUACUGCCACUGCACUAUCUACCUGGCUAACCACGACCCCGCCGAAUACCACUGGAACCGCUUCUUCCUUGCCUUCCUCUACAUCGCCUAUCUCUUUGUUUACUGGGUUUGGGACACUACCAAUAGCCAGAAGAACCGAUUUCGCCAGCAGGAGCGCGGCACAAUGGUCAAGCGUAACACUUUCCCUCAGCUCCCAUGGCAAACCGUGGAGAACCCGAAGACUAUUACUGCCGACGAUGGCUCCAAGAUUCUUGUUGAUGGGUGGUACGGCAAAGCCCGCAAGAUCCACUACACUUGCGAUCUUUACUUUGCCCUGAACUGGGGCCUGAUCACCGGCUUCUCCAGCCCCUUCCCGUGGUUCUACCCGCUCUUCUUCGCCUGCAUGAUUUCCCACCGUGCUCUGCGUGAUAUCCAGCGGUGCCGGACCAAGUACGGCGAGGCCUGGCUCCAGUAUGAGCGGGAGGUGCCCUACCUCUUCAUUCCCUACGUCAUCUAA